GGGUGAUGUAAUGCUUCUCUAAAUAGCUCGUAUUGUAAUCUCUCCUCAGUCCAACGUGGUUCCUUCAGAAAGGGCGCUGCAUCUUCUCUGCACUUGUGUGGUUUAUGAGGAGCCAGUGACAGUGAUGAACUCCGAGCAGGAACGGCCGUUCGUGUGCAGCGCUCCAGGCUGCUCUCAGCGUUUCCCCACUGAGGACCAUCUAAUGAUUCACCGCCACAAGCAUGAAAUGACCCUCAAAUUCCCCUCUAUCAAAAGCGACAACAUGCUAUCAGACCAGACACCGACGCCGACGCGCUUCCUGAAGAACUGUGAGGAGGUGGGGCUGUUCAGUGAGCUCGACUGCUCCAUCGAGCAGGAGUUCUGCAAGGCCCAAGAGGAGGAGGACAGCAAACAGAACAUUGCUCUUCAUGGGCAGGCAACCAGCCAGCACCAGCAAUCACAUGGCAGAAUGGCCAACCAUGAGAGCAGCAUAGUGAUACAGCAGGCCUUGCCUUCACCUCAGUCCAGCUCCGUCAUCACUCAGGCACCCUCCACCAACAGACAGAUCGGCCCAGUCCCUGGUUCUCUGUCAUCGCUGCUGCACUUGAGAAACAGACAGCGACAGCCUCUGCCUGCCUCCAUGCCUGGCACACUGCCAGACCCCACCAUGCAGGGAUCCUCCGCUGUGCUCAUGCCCAUGGAGAGACAAAUGUCCAUGGGCUCCAACAUGAUGGGCAUGCAAGGCCCCACCCACAGCAGCUCCUGCUCCUCCCCUCACGUCCCUUCCAUGCACUCAGAGGCAAAGCUGAGACUGAAAGCUGCUUUGGCUCACCAUCCGGGCCCCAUCGCCAAUGGCAACAUGAACACGAUGGGUCACAUGAUGGAGAUGAUGUCAUCGCGACAGGAGCAGGGCCACCACCACCUGCACUCGCACCCUCACCAGCACAUGCAGGCUCCUCCCCAUGGCUAUCCGCACCACGCCCACCACCACAGCCACGCCCAGAGUGGCCACCACCACCCACAGAGCCACGGGCACCACAACUCUCACCCGGGUCACCUCCACCACGCACAUGGGCACCAGACCUCCCCUCACCCACCCAUGCACUCCGCUGCCUCUCAGUUAUCCCCAGCUGCGCAGCAAAUGCAGCCAACACAGACUCUGCAGUCUCCGCCACCCAGUGGGGGUCGGCGCAGGCGGGUGGUGGACGAGGACCCUGAUGAGCGACGGAGGAAGUUCCUGGAGAGGAACCGUGCAGCCGCUACACGUUGCAGGCAGAAGAGGAAAGUAUGGGUGAUGUCUCUGGAGAAGAAAGCUGAGGAGCUCACCCAGACCAACAUGCAGCUACAGAAUGAGGUGACCAUGCUGAAGAACGAGGUGACCCAGCUCAAGCAGCUUCUUCUGACCCACAAAGACUGUCCCAUCACGGCCAUGCAGAAAGAGUCGCAAGGUUACCUCAGUCCAGAGAGCAGUCCGGCAGGAAGUCCCACUCCUGUGACCCAGCAGCAGGUCAUCCAGCACAACACCAUCACCACCUCCAGCACGGCGCCCAAUCACCGCACAGACAUCAACCCCAUCCACUAGAGACAGGCCACGACCUGGACAAGCCCCAGAAGUGGACACUCUUAACAGCUGCACCAUGAGCUCCACAAACAGACGCACAGCUCUGUGCCUCUGCGGCAACUCUUUCUUCCAUAUGUGUUUAGUACGUGUAAAAUCUCAUGUUUCAUUUUUGUCCUUUUUUUUAUCAUUUGGAACAAGCUUCCACAUUCAUCCAGUGCUGAGCUGGUAGCACGACUUGCGACAUGUUCACCCAUUAGGUACGGAGUGGAGAGGUUGCCGUGGUUUCACAGAAGAGGAUGGAGCUCAGAGGCUCCUGCAUUUCUGUAUGUUUUACUGAUUCACUGACUGGCCCUUUGUCAAAUACUACUGCCUUCACACUUAUGCAACACAGUCUGAUUGUAGCCAUGAUGUGUGCUAUCUCUUUGCUCUGAACUGUAAUGCCAAAACAAAGCUGUUUCUUCUGGUCUUUUCUACUAAGGAUUCAUAAUAAUUAUUCUUCUAUCCCCUUUUUGAUCUUUUCUUCGAUCCCCCUUCUGAUCUCCAAAGCGAUGAGCUAAGAAAGUUGCCUGAUUAAUAAGCCAUUAUGUAUUGAUAAUAAUGCUGGAUGGAAGCAAUAUACAUCUCUCUGACGUAUGCUCAACAUUGUGCCUGUCUUUACAUUUCCCAGAAUUAAUUAAUCAUCUCACUGCAGUGCUUUUUCUCUUACUUAACUGUUGUUUGGCUCUGCUGCUUUCAGCUUUGAUAAGUAAUGUGUUAAAGCAGCAAGCCUCCAUCAUUUAAAAGGGAUUUCUUCAUAGGCACGACUUCUCUGUUUAUUAACCUGGUAUGAUCAUUCAUUCAUAUGAAGUAGUGAGUGAGUCUGAGCUCUUGCCUCGUUGAUCAUGCGUCAGAUUUCUGGUCAUGCCCAGAGUCGAUGAAUCUCAUUCCCUGCUCUAGCCGUAUGCCCCCUGGAGACACCUCUGCUUUCUUCUAGGUAAGAGGUUCUUAAUCCAGUAUUCCUGGAGUUUCAUUUUAGCUUCCCCUGAUCCAACCAAUGAACUAAUUAACGUGCCCUUCUGAAGUAAACUUAGAGCAGGCAAAGCUCUAGAACAUUUAGAGCAGUGGUACUCCAGGACCAGGACUGAGAACCUUUGUAGCAGACCACUGCCAUUCAUGGCCAGGAGGCUGUAAGUACUCACUGGGGAUAAAUGUGGGCAAAAACAACUACAUUUGUUUUUAUCCAAUCCAUAGGUAAAUGUAGAAUUAUGAGUCUUACCUAAGGACUCUUUUUUUCUAUAGAGUGGUGUGGUUGCCUGAGUGGGGAAUCGAACCCAGGUAGUGCUGCCCACUACACCAUACUAAUCACAGCGUAGGACUAAUAAGCCCUUCCCUUGAUAUUAGUGAGAAAAGUGAGCAUGGGCCAAGAUAUGAAGGCUUUCUCUAUAGUAAGAAAAUUAUAUCCAGCAAUCAACCUCUGUCUAGGUCAUCUUUCUGUUGGUGUAACUCCACUAAACACUCUACAAAAUCUAUGUAUGGAUUUACAGCUCUGAGCAUGGCCAGAAGAGUCUGUUUCUGAGCUGCCCAUUCCUGGACCUGCACCACCAUCCAACCUGGCCUGAAUGCCACUUAGAGAAUGUGGGGAAACCUUAAUGAACACAAAGGCCAAGCAGUUUGUUCAGUUACCUACUUUGUCUUCAGUUUAAGAGUCUCCCUCUGGCCAUCAUUCAGUAUUUGACCCCAAAAGAUGCUGAUAACGCUGGUGUCUGGAUUGUGACACCUGGGUGUGCAGGAAAGCGCAUGAGCAGCUCUGCCUUACAUGGACCAAGCAAAACCUCAGUAGAAGUCUAAAGAAGAUUCUGUAGGACUCUAUAGCAGAUUCUGUAGAGGUCUAUGAGAGGUUCUGGAAAUGUGCUGCUGCACUGGAAAUCUUUGUAUAGCUAGCAGCCCAUUCUUACUAUAAGGACAUUCCAAUAUCAGACUUUUUUGACCUUUGUGUUCUUGUUUUGGGAUGUUUGUGCAAAGGACCUCUUUACCUCAGGAUUGCAUAGUCAAAGACCCGUAGCUGGCCACCGUGGCUUUAAGUGGCUGAGUAGGGCUUGAAGCCCUGAUGAGGUCGCAUCUACUAGCUGGCUCCCUUUAACUUUGACUUAUAAUCUAGUGGUUUAGUUCAGUUGUCUGCCUCUAAAAGAAUGUAGCAUUUUACUAUUUCUAAAUAGGUACCUGUUUAUACUAUGCUUUCCAAAUCUCACAACGUGCCUGAACUAUUCUGUGUCUUACUCAUAUACAGAAGAAUGUCAGUCAUUAUUAACACAUUAAUGCAUUAUUCUGUUUAUUAUUUUCAAAUCAGGUAGUAGUGAUGAAGCUUUGAGACAUUUUUACGCUCUUUUGUAAAUGUUUAGACUAAUUGCAUGGUUGCAUUGAGGUUCAGGGAUUCAUUUUGGUGUUGAUGGACAUUGGCUUAUAUCUCCAGACCAUGGAGGCCUGUGAUGAGAGCACCUUGAUCUUCUUCGAGUUUUCUCAGGCUUCCAUGGCCAAACAUGGACUGAGACUUGUUUGCGCAUGUAAGGAGAAGAAACCCACCAAAAUACCCCCCCACCCAGCACGAAAAAGGGCCUUUCUUCCAGCAGCUAAGCUCCAAACUCUGUUCCACGCAUCUAUCAGAUCCCUGAGGACAAUUCGCCCCUCCUAAACGGAACAUAUUGAUUCCCUUUGCCUUUCGACGCAGCACUAUGUCCGGAACGGGAGCAUGCUAAACAACCUCCACAUUGAGAGGAGAAAUCAUGUAGCUGUCUAUGCACUUUUGACCUCUGUGAGUCCAGCAGAGGAUGGAAUAGCCAUAUUGAAGACUCAGCGAUUAUUCUGUUCCCACACCAGCGAGAGACAGCCACUGUCAUCCUCUGGAAACAAUGGCACCAGAGCCUUUUGUAGCCACCCCCCCCUCCAACCCUCUCAAAAUAAAUGAAAUGAUCCUUAAUGGGUCAUCCUACUAGAACAAAAGGGAACAUCCAGCUUGCUUCUCAUCCUUCAGCCUCACAUCUUGGAACAGACUGGCUCAGACAGAUGCUUAUAGCUUUAAAACAUUUCAGAUGUCUUUGUAUCUGCAAAACUUUGUAGGUAACUUGUUUUUUAUUCACACUGUGAAUGUAGCUGAUGGUAAUAAGGUGAAAACAGAACAGAGUUUUGUAUUGAGUGUUAAACCACAUCCACUAUAUUUGAUCAGUUGCUGCAGUUUCCCCAAUCUAAACAUUAAACUAUGUAGCUUAAACAAGCACCUGCCACAUGUAGCUUUGAAAUAAGGGGGUUUGGGUUUCUUUUUUGUGGUUAUGGUUUGUUACGGCUGAGUGGGAACCUGCUAAGAGUACGUUGGUGUCAUCUCAGUGUGAUUUUCAUUACUGCACUCUAAUUUCUGGAUAGCAAGCCAGUGAGCUAGCCAGUUGGCCACUAUUGCUAUUCUAUGCCAGAAUAAAAAAUAAAUGUGAUACUUGUGCAAAAUUCUCACUCUUUACCUUCACAUUCUCCAGAAUGUUAAACAUUGCAGGCUUUACUGGAGAUUGAAAUGGGUCUCUAUGGAGGACCAUAUGGUUGUUGUUGGAUACAAUUAGCACUGCUUGGAUCUCAAGCUAUCCUGGAGUAGCAAAGUUAAACAACCAUCAGAAGUCCUGCCAUAUUUUGUCUUCGUCUUUUCUUUGCAAACGACACCGGAUCGGGUUAACGUCGGAGGCAGAGAGCAAACAUUCAACUGGAAUAAUCUGUAACAGUGCUCUCAGAAAAAAAUACAUGUUUAAUCUCAACUCCGGUUUAACAGCAGGACAUUGGUCUUUUUUAAUAUAGGCAGAUAGAUUUGUCUUUUUGUAUUUGCAUUCUGAGGCAACAGAGGGAAAACUGUGUGCAAGUAUGCUUGCGUUUAUGUGUGCAUGUGUGCGCGUGUUACUUUUUUUGUGAGGUGGUGGACUGAGUACACAUUAAUAAAAGUAUAAAUGUAUCAUUUGAAACAUAAAACUAUAAAUAUUGUAUAGAUUCUCAUUAAUUUCUGUAAUCUUGCUCAUGUAAUGCAACCACCUUUCUUUUCGAAAGGAGUAAAUGUUUGGUACAUGUUUGUAAAUAAUGUUCGCGUAGCACUUGCAGUCUUCAAAUGUACGUCUGUUCAUUUCUGCGCUUAAACCUUCAUUGUUUAUUACACAUCAUGAAUUCAAACAAGCUUGCAUAACUUUGUACAUUUUAUAUAUGUUCAUUAAUGCCUUGAAUGUUUGUGUUUGUUCAUUUGUUUGUUUAUGCAUAUGUACAGAUGUGAGAUCACAGCAGCUAUAUUACAGUAUGGAAAUAAAGCACUUGUUCGGUAA